ACGAUACACCUGAAGAAAAACAAUCUGUAUAUCGCCAUUAACAUGGAACUCCUUCCAUCAAUUUUGCUUUUGAGUGUAAUUGGAUAUGUUGACUGUUUUCUCCAGUCCAAGAGGAUACAGCUGGAUGGAAAUGGUUACACUGGAGUAACUGUAGCAAUAUCUAGUAAAUUGGACCCUACAGAAAUUCAUAUACAGAGACUAAAGAACUUAAUCACAGCCGCCUCUGCCCAGUUGUACAAGUCAACAAAAUACCACGUUUUCUUUAAAGAUGUCACCAUAGUUAUACCAAAGUCAUGGCCAAAUAAUUUUACCAAAGAAUUUGUAAGUGGGCCACAGCUUGAUACGGCCCACAUAAUUGUAGACAAACCCAAUCCACUGGUUGACAACAAACCAUACGUAUCUGGAAUGACCGGAUGUGGUCAUCCCGGAAGAUAUAUACAUUUAGAACCAAUUACGGUACAAGUUCAUCCGACAGUAGGACUUGCAGAUAAGAUACUAGUUCAUCACUGGGGCCAUUUCAGAUGGGGGUUAUUUGACGAACAUGGCGAUAAAGAAGCACCCAUCAUGGAAGCAAAUAGAAACCCUUGGUUUUACUCUACUGAGGGGACAUUUAAACCCAAUAUAUGUGCUAGAAACAUAAAGGGCCAAAACCACCUGAAAUACUGCCAGAGCUCCAAACCUUGUCUUCUGGACGAUAAUGGUCUACCAGAAAAGGAUUGUAAAUUCUGUGUAGAGGAACAGGACAAUACUGUAAAAGGCUCAAUCAUGGGGAAACCAGAGAUAUCUAGUGUUGUUGAGUUCUGUGACGAUGAAAACAGUGAUGUUCCACACAACAGAGAGGCGGAUACCCCUCAUAACAGAUUCUGCCAAGGAAGGAGUGCCUGGGAAAUAAUGAGACUUCACUCUGACUUCAAAGAUACAAAACCAGGCUCUCCAUCUCAGAAUACAGUUCCAACAUUCAGGGUGGUUCAACAGCGGGCGGGUCAGAAAGUUGUCUUAGUAUUGGACAAGUCCGGAAGUAUGAACAGUUAUGAUCAAAGGAUAAACAAAUUGAAGGCUAUAUCAUCAAAUUACAUCAGAAACUGGUCACCAAAUGCUACAUCCAUUGCCGUGGUCACAUUUAACGAAACGGCCAGUGUCGUGGCGCCAUUGACUACUGUGACGUCAGAACAAGACAGACAAGGUUUAGUGACUCUAGUAAAGAACAUCAAAGCUCAUGGCGCAACAUCUAUUGGAGCUGGUCUACAAAAAGCUUUAGAGUUAUUAACAGAAGACAGUGACAACAUAACUGGUAGUGAAAUUAUUCUGGUAUCUGAUGGCGCAAAUACAGUCCUUCCUGGACCGGAUGAAGUGAGAGAGGAAAUUCUGGCAGAGGGCGUGAUCAUCCGAUCGGUGGCUAUUGGGAGGGAGGCGGAUGCCAAAAUUGAUAAACUAGCAAAGGACAGUGGCGGAUUCAGCUUCUUUUACUCCGGAAACCAACGGUCUACAGCGCUGGCAGAUAUUUUUCUUGGCAUUGCUGCAUCUUCUUCCGAUGAAGAAGGGAAGAUGUAUCAACUCGAGAGCAAAUCAGUGAAUGUGACCAAAGACCAGAAUUACACUACAUCAAUAACAAUAGACUCUACCAUUGGACUUGACACCACUAUCUUGUUAAUGGGACCAGGGAUUGAUUUCACAAUUGCAACGCUAUCAGGUCCAGGAAAUAGUUUCGUUACUUCUGGUGCCUGUACAGAUUCCUGUAGCUUAAAAAUUGACGGCAUUGCUGAGGUAGGUGAUUACGUCAUUGAGAUUUCGUCAACCCUUGACGUCAUUCUGACUCUUACGGCACACUCCUAUCCUAGGAAUCCUUCUGAAGACGUUUUAACUGCCACUGCGUGGACAUCGACAGACUCGUUUGACUUUUCACCGUCUUCUCCAAUUGUACUUUAUGCUUUAGUUCAGAAAGGAAUAUACCCUGUCUUUGAUGCUGAAGUUAAAAUCUUUGCAGAGGAUGAGAAUGGUCACGUGAUCCAUGUAGACCUAGCUGAUGAUGGUCUAGGCAUGGAUUUGAUAAAGGGAGAUGGUCAAUAUACCGGAUUGAUAUUGCCAUCAGAAAUCAAAUCGAGUGGAAGACACAGUCUAAAACUUGUAGUAACUGGCAAAGAUGGUGAAUCAAAAAUUCUGCUUCCUGAACUGAAAAGGCGGAAAAGGCAAAUACAAAAUGAAAUAGCAACUUCUAAUCUCAAAACAGAAAACGUGGGUGGAUUUAAGAGGGUUGCAGCUGGAGGAACAUUCACUGUUCAGAAUUACAAACCAGUAACUGAAGAUAAGAUGCCACCAGCCAGGAUAACGACCCUUAGACUAAUGAGCACCGAGGGUAAUUCAUUUAAUGUAAGCUGGAAUGCUGUGGGUGAUGAUUUUACCGUAGGAAAAGCAUCAUCAUACAUGGUUUUCUUGUCAAACAACUACUCAGCCAUUUUAAGUUCAACUGAUACAGUGACCCAAAUUACGGACAAGAUUCCAACACCUUCAAACCCAGGCAACUUAGAAAUAUUUUCCUUUGUCCUACCGGAAGUUGGAGUGAAUUACUAUUUAGCUGUUCUAGCCGUUGAUGAUGAAGGGAACCAAGGUGAAGUUUCAAAUAUUGUUUCUGUGUCUGUUGUCAAUGACAACAGUUGGAAACGUGUUGAAUCCACAAAAGUGACGUCAUCACAAUCAAUUUCCAUGGAAGGUUUAUUUCUUUCAGCAAGUGCAGCUGCAAUAUUUGUUUUUAUUCUAGUUUCCUGCGGUUGUUUUAUAUGCAAAAAACGAUUUGAAUCGGGAAGUAAAGCAAAUGACUUUAAUUACCAUAAAGAGGAUCUAUCAAAUAAGAUGUCGCAUGAACGUUAUUUUGGACAUGAUUUUCUAGUGCGCAUGUACUAUUCACCCCAUUUACAUUUUGUUCGAGGUUACCAGGCACGUGAUCCUAGGAUCCAUGGUUACAGAGAUAGUUCUUACCUGUAUUACAUUUCAUAAUAGAAGGUGCAUGCAGGUACACGUGUAGUUGGUAAAGUUGUAAAACAUUUGUUAAGAUUUAUGCUUGGAAAUUCCACUAAUUUAUUGAUAUUUUCCAUCCAUCUUUUUUUUAAAGUAAUCCAUUUCAACAGUGA